AGAGUGCGGUCGGGGUCGGGGUCGGGAGUGUGAGCUCCAGUGCACUUUGCUGCUGUGGCUCUGUAACCCUUCUUUCACCGCAAGAUUUCUCUUUCAAGAAAAACCCCAUUCAGCAGCACCUCUCAAUUUCUUGUUCGAUCGGAAUACCUUCAGGUUUUUAUUCAUUCCACCUAAGAUUGGCCGAUUUCGUUUGCUUUUGUAUGCGAUUCCUUGUCGUACCCCCGAUUCGUAUUUUGAGAUCGAUCUUAUUGCCCCAUCUCGCGUGUUCCAAUACCUUGAUCAAGUCGGAGAUGGAGUCAAAGAUCAGGAGAUUAAGAAAGAAUCAAGAAAAAGAAGGCGACGGAGACGACCUUGAUGGACUUAGUUAUCUACCAGACAGCAUUCUGAUUCAUAUACUCUCUUUUCUCGACACAAAAUCCGUGGUUAGAAUUUCAGUCCUCUCGAAGCGCUACAAGCAUCUAUGGACUUCGAUGCAGUGCCUGGAUUUCAAGUUACCUGAAGUUUACACAGACACUGUGCGGUUCUAUGAUGGCUAUGAUAUUUCCCGAAGCACCAAUUCCAGUGUAGAUUCUUUCGAGUCAUAUGUGAACCAUGUUUUGAAACGCCGGGAGCAUAGCAAUCUGAUUUCUUUUACGCUUUCUUUACACAAGAGCGUGAAUUUGGGAUUCUUCAAGGAUUCCAUUGAAUACGCUGCACGACACAAGGUGCAGCAUCUCAGAAUCCGAGGUUAUGUCAAACAAAAGCCUGCUCCAUUGCCCAAGUUAUUACUUUCUUCCUCAUCCUUAAUUACUCUACAUCUGCAUAAUGCUACUAGUUAUUGUAUGCAACUUCCAAAGUCGGCUGCUUUGCCUAGUUUAAAGCUCUUGUGCCUGAAAAAAUUUGUCUUCUUUGAUGAGAAUUUCAAUGGUGAGGUGUUCUCGGGGUGUCCAAAUCUGGAAACUUUGGUUCUGAGCAAGUGCUGCAUUAGGCCAGGGAAUAAACUGAAAGUUUUGGAUGUGAAUUGCUUGAACCUUAAGAAUUUAGAGAUACGGAAUUGGAGGAGUCCCUGGAGAUACUUCAAUGACCAAAUGAUCAAUGUGAAUGCACCUAAACUCAAUUUCUUUAAACUUCAGGGGCAUCUUGCCAGAGUGAAUUUCAAGGAUGGUUUGCACUUUUUGUAUGAUACUUGUAUAGACUUCUGCUGUCCUACAGCAUGCUCCACUGUCAAUACAACUGAAAGAAAGCUAAGAACUUCAGAGGUUUUCCUCAACAUGCUUGGUAAUCUUUCCAAUGUCAAAACCCUCUCCUUAUCAUUGAAGGCAAUCGAGGUUCUGUCUGCCCUUCCUGAUAUACAAUUGCGCACACCCUUAAUUUUUGAGAAUUUGAGAUACAUAAGGUUCUCAGCUGAGAAAAAAUAUAAAGAGAAGACCAUACCUAUCAAGACUGUCGUGAGGUUGCUGGAGAGGGCAUCUACUUGUGUCUUGGUGGUUGAUGGCUCUAAGGAACCAAAACUCUCGCCUGAUUGUGCAACGGUCAAACGUAAGCACAAGGAUGCUACACAUAUUGCCUUACCUGGAAAUGUCAUGCACUUCUUAUUAGCAAGUGCUCCCUCUGCAGAAUUUUUAACCAUUGAAGCACCACAGGUACAAUCUGAUCAAGACUAAGGACGGAGACAUCUAAAGGGGUCAUGAAAUGAGCUUGUUGCUAAUGAAGAAUUCGCAUGUUGUGAAGAGAUUUCACUGGUGUCCCUAUGGUGUACUUAUGCAAUGUGCCGUUGUAACUAUGUUUUAUUUUCUUUGAGAUUAAGUGACAACUCUUUACAGCUGGAUUGAUGAUAUGCAUUCAGGAGUGUACUAAAAGAUUGUGCUACUAGAGAUACUAGACAGACUAGCUCAGUAUUGGAUACUAAAUUGAUGUUGUCUCCAAAGUUUUGUACCUGAGUAUAGUGUACCUGCAGACUGAUCUGUGCUUUUAACAAAAGGCUUUUAUGGUUCA